AUGGCGCUAGAGGAAGGAGCUGACAACUCUGUGCAGGUUGUCGAGGACGAAGCAGGGGAGGACAACAACGACACGUACUACAACAUUGGGAUGGAUCCUGCUGUGACGGUGGUGGCUGUACAUCAGCUGGGGGAACUGAUCAAGGAGCUGCAGGCGUCAGUCGGAGGAUUCCAGGCAGAGUUUCAGAGGUUGCCCACUACCUUCACUCAGCCCUACAAUGUCGCCAAGCUGGAAGAAAACAAGGGCAAGAACAAAUACAUAAGCUAUUAUCCAUACGAUGCCACUCGGGUCGUAUUGCAGGAGCUGCCAGACCAGCCUGGUUCCGACUACAUCAACGCCAGCUACAUUGAUGGAUACUCUCAAGCCAAAGUCUACAUAGCCGCCCAAGCUCCUACAACGAAGACCCUGACUGACUUCUGGAGGAUGAUCUGGGAACAGAACUGUACAAGAGUCGUCAUGGUGACACACCUGGCGGAGUUGGGAAGGGUACGUCUUCAUGGCAUUUUUCGCUCUGUGAUAGAGAGUUCUACUUAUGGAAAUGACUGA